ACAUGCAAGUGAUGACCACAGCUGUGUGAUGACCAGACACAAUGAAACAAUGACCAUAUACUUUACUAGUGGGACCACUGGAUCUCCUAAGAUGACUGAACAUACACACAGCAGUUAUGGCAUAGGAUUAUCAGUGAAUGGAAGGUAUUGGCUGGAUUUGACUCCUUCCGAUAUCAUGUGGAAUACGUCAGACACAGGCUGGGCAAAAUCAGCUUGGAGUAGUGUUUUUGCUCCAUGGAGUCAAGGAGCUUGUGUGUUUGUGCACUAUAUGCCACGUUUUGAGCCAGUCUCUAUAUUAAAAACCCUAUGCCGAUUUCCCAUUACAACCUUCUGUUCAGCUCCAACUGUCUAUCGGAUGCUUGUGCUAAAAUGGGAGCCUAGUUAUAAGUUCAAGCAUCUAAAGCACUGUGUGAGUGCUGGAGAGCCGAUCAACCCUGAAGUGAUGGACCAGUGGAAAAACAAGACAGGACUGAAUAUCUAUGAGGGCUAUGGACAGACAGAAACGGUGCUGAUCUGUGGAACUUUCAAAGGAAUGAAAAUUAAAUAUGGUUCAAUGGGAAAGUCUUCUCCAGCUUUUGAUGUUAAGGUUAUAGAUGAAAAUGGCAAUAUCCUGCCUCCUAAACAGGAAGGAGCUAUUGGCAUCCGAGUUCGACCUAACCGACCACUUGGCUUAUUUGCUGGUUACGUA